AUGGACGCCCAGGUCGCUCAAAGGCUGUGCCACAUGUUGGCUAGUUGCGAGGAGGCAACUCGGACUCGUGCUCUACGUAGUGUCUCUAAGCUCUUUGCCCAGAUAAGAGAACCCGUUGACGAGCUUACUCUUGUGAAGAUCACUAAGGCCCUCUACUACAUGCUAUGGAUGACUGACAAGCCGCUUAAGGUUCGGAAGGUAGCUGUUGCUAUUGUGGAGACUCAGAAUCGUUUUGCGGAUCGUUCAAAUAGGUUCCUUUUCUUUACUGCACUCUUCAGAUCGAUUUCCAUGGAGUGGCCAACUCUUGAUAAGAACCGUUUGGAUAAAAUGUUGUUAUUUGUGAGGAUUGUUGUGGCUGCGCUUUUAGAAUUUCUGAACGAUGGCGGUUGGGCUAUGCAGGAGCUGGAAGAGUUUGAGGUGAUCGUGUUGGAUUCUGAGGGUAUCUUUAACAAGCGUAGUCGUGGUUUAGCAUUUCAGUUUUUACAAGUGUUUUUUGACGAGUUUCGUGAGAACCAGGAGAGUCUUACUAAGAGUAAGAAAUUUGCUGAGUUGAGUGCUUGUGCAUUUCUACAACUUAUGAAACCAUUUUUGGUUCUGGCGUUAACUCUUGACAACAAGCAUGUGCUUAAUACGUUGAGUAUGUAUGUGCUUAAGCGUGCUGCAAAUGUUCCUGUCGUGCCUAUGCAUGGUUUCACUCUCGCCAUGGAUCGUCUUUCGGAAAGUCAGUUGGCUAGGCCUUUCGUCAAGAACAUGUUGAAAGAAGCGCUCGUUGAAUUUGGCGAGAUGUUGCCUGUUGACGAUGAGCUUGAAAGGCAUGUGAGCGCGGCUAUUUCUGCUAUAGAGUCUGCGGUGCAAAAAGAUAGCAUUUCUCACACUAAGGAGGCCCUUGAUAUGGCUGAUCCUGGUGACGAUGAUCAAACUAUGAAUUUGAAUGCUGGGGUGGAAGACACACGCUCUACUCGCAGUUUAAAUCGCAAGGGCCGGAAUGUGAAAGUUGGCACUACUGAUGAGCCUUCCGGUGAAACGAAGGAAGGCUCGGAUAUCGCUCCUGGUCUGGUAGACGUUUCAGAUAUGCUGGAUACCGAGAUGUACGAUCCCGAUGAUAUGGAUGGUGAGGGUUUCAUUAGUCUUGCUGAGGCCUUUGGUCCUCGUAACCCUAACCGUACGUUGGGCAAGCACAUGAAAGAGAUUGCUACAUUGGACACGCUGCGAAAGUACAUUGUUGCUAACGGUCACGAGCAGCACAAGCUUUUGAAGAAGUUGAACACUCCGCGUAUGCGCAGGCAAAUGACUCUUUUGGCUUUGCAUAAGAUUCGCUGGCUUAACCCUGACCGUCGUUUCAAGUGUGCUCGAAAGCUUCACCGUAUCAUGACUAUUACUGAAACGGCCGAAUCCUUACCAAGCCGUCGUCGUUCUAUUGACGUUGCCAAGGCUUUGCACAACAUCAAGCAUACUACGCCAGAGAAGUCGAUUGUGCGUAAGCGUAACAGGAAGUCCACUGAGCCUAAGCGGGUCGUAUUUAACCUCAAGAACAACCAAGUUGCAACAAUACCUAAGAAAGUCAAGAGCACUUACACCGUGCCUUUAUGGUACUGA